UUAAGGGUUAUUUGAUAUUUAAGAGUUCUAUGAGUGCUUCAUAAACAGCUGGACCGGUCUACUUUAUUGGCACAUUCCUUCCUGCUCCCGGAAACACUAAAAAACCAAGGAUCUAGCUCGCACGUGUUUGGAUGUUAUUGGUGGCCAAAUUGAAGGUCCCGGGAUUAACGAUUACAGCCACCCGUUUACGUCACUACUUUAGAAACAUGGACGCCAAGGAGCUGCAGCCACCCAGCUCCGUGCGCGGGAUGCAGGAGCUCCAGAGGAAGGAGUUCCGAAAGAGUAUUCAAGUGCCCCGAUUGCGGGUUCCGGAGUCCCAAGUGCAACGUGUAAUGCCGCUGGUCAAGAAGUUCCUUCUCAAAAUGGAGCACAUGCAUCCUGUUCGAGUUGUGGACACAUCCCGGGAGAUCCUACUGCAUCCCACACCCGUCAAGGAUUGGGAAUCCCUGCCCACGGAGGAUCUGGAGAAGCAGGAGGUCACUGCAGAGAACUUCUGCUUCGCUGAACUCGAAUUGGGCUACGAAAACUGGAGCGCCAAUGAGAUCCUGAAAAGCGUCCUGCCCACUGAGGAGGAGGGUCUUACUUCCUACUCCCGCAUCGGCCACAUUGCCCACUUGAACCUGCGGGAUCACCUGCUGCCCUACAAACAGCUCAUCGGCCAGGUACUCCGCGACAAGCUGCCCAAUUGCCGGACGGUGGUCAACAAGGCGUCCUCCAUUGACAACACAUACCGCAACUUUCAACUGGAGCUGAUCUGCGGUGAGCCGGAGUACCAAGUAGAGACCAAGGAGAACGGAGUGCCCUUUGAGUUUGACUUCUCCAAGGUGUACUGGAAUCCCCGCCUCUCCACGGAGCACGAAAGGAUUGUGAAGCUGUUGCAAACGGGAGAUGUUCUCUACGACGUAUUUGCAGGCGUGGGUCCAUUCAGUGUUCCUGCUGCCAAGAAGCGUUGUAAUGUGCUGGCCAAUGACCUAAAUCCCGUCAGCUUCCACUGGCUGCAGCAUAAUGCCAAGAGAAAUAAGUGCCUAUCCCAGAUCAAAAUGUUUAACAAGGAUGGCAGGCAGUUCAUACUCGAAGAGCUGCGUGAGGACUUGCUAAAGCGUCUGCUGACCACAGAUACCUCCUCCUAUGCCACGCACAUAACAAUGAAUCUACCAGCUAUGGCUGUGGAGUUCCUAGACGCAUUUCGUGGUCUGUACAAAGCAGAGGAACUUUCUAAGUUGCCUGAAAACGUGUCCUAUCCCAACGUUCAUGUUUACUCAUUUGCCAAAGGCGAGAAUACCAAGGAGCUAGUGCGGAAGCUGGUGGAGUGCAAUCUGGGAGCCAGUCUAGAUGACAACCUGCUGCAGGGAAUUAGCUUUGUGCGGAAUGUGGCCCCCAACAAGGACAUGUAUAGGGUUUCCUUUAGGCUUUCCCAACACCUACUGACCACCCCGAAAGAGAUUGAACUCUCGAGAAAGCGUUGUUCAGAGGAUGAGCAGGGGGCCGCAGCUAAAGUGAAAUGUGUUUGAUACAAUAGAUACAAUAAAGUUUCAACUCCCAAACAAUUAAAA